AUGCCGUUGGAGACUGGAGCCGUGGUUCAGGCCAUACAUGUAUCAAGCAGCUACUCGUUCCGGGCACUUGUCGAGCGUUCUUCUUCUUCUUCUUCUUCUUCUUCUUCUUCUUCUUCUUCUUCUUCUUCUGGACCAUUGACACUGAGUUUCUGCAGCACUGAAAAGCCUUACGAAAAGCUAAAGGUAGCCCUGAAUGGCCAAGUGACUUGGGCAUUGGCAGCCACAAAGCUCACCGCCUUCGUCGUCGAAUUUGAAACUACUAACGAGACGACAGACGGAAUUUACUUUGUGCAUUUGAAGGCGGUACUGCAUCAAAAGAAAGUCAAUCGCUUGCAGUUGACGGGAUGGUACUUGGGUAUAGCAGGAUCACGACUUAUUGGUAACGAAGGCAAAGGAGACGGUAGUUUGUUUCGCUUGGAGAUUGUAUCACCUCGUGCAUCUUUUUUACUGGAUACUACUCGCUCAUUGAUGCCACAGUCAAGACACUUGUCGAUACUAAGCAAGUCUCAGCGACUAUCGUUCAUGCAAAAUGGAUAUCUACAGAUCCGAGGCGCUGUCGCACUACCUUUAGCUAAUGCUGCACUGCGGCGUAUCAAUCAUGAUCUUGGUAUUCCUGGAAAUAUGAUUCAUGGUGGAGUAGAAGAAAACAUCAAGUUGGCAGGAAACACAUCUAACAGUGACGCUGUUCUGAAUCUCUACUACCUCUCGGACGUGAUCAAGUACGUGGAAGCGCUUGUCGGCGCUGACCAAGUGGUGCCUCCUCAAGGAGCACAGAUCGCUUUACGGUUUCCGGAACUUGGUGAGGCACGGGAACCUUUAGGAACAGAAUGGCACACGGACGGGAUGCGGCAGGGUCGACUGCACCCAUUUACUUUACUGGCAGGUAUCGCUCUCUCGAAUGUACCUGAGCCGUUGUGCGGCAACUUGACUGUUUUCCCUGGGUCGCACCUAACACUUCAAAGCCGUCUGACUGCCGGUGGUAAACUGCAUGGUUAUGACAACGAGUGCUACAAACCAAAUAGUGUAUGGGGAGAUGGCACACUUCCUGACCUGGGUACACCUGUACAGGUCCUAGCUGCACGCGGCGAUUUAGUGCUGGCACACCCCAACCUUGCACACCGUGGUGGUCUCAACUUCUCUCCCGACAUUCGGUACCAAGUCUACUUCCGGAUCAAGCACAAACUGCUUGAUGACCUGCAGGAACAGUGCAUCUCAGACCUUUGGGCUGAUUUGGAAGGACUUAGAGUAGACACAAAGAGUUCUAUCAACCAAGGUACUUAG